UUUUUAUUUUCACUUUUGAUUUGAAAGUAGAAAUGACCUGACGCAAUGUGAGUCGUGAUCCUGAGAAGCGAUUUUUAAUGUGAUGGCCUCUUUUCAGCAGAAAAUUCGGGAUAUUAUACGGUCACCCUUUGUAAAUAAGGGACUUCCGUUAAUGGUAUUUAUGUUAUCAGGGGUAGCUAUACUUGUACAGACACAAAAGAUGAUCUUCAGGAAGAGGGACAAGAAGAAAUCUGCUAUGCUCACAGAUAAAGAAACUGUUAAAUUUUUAGAAGAUUUUGGUGAUGUAAAAACAUUACGAGAACUUCAAAAAGAGACUGUAAAGGAUGCCCCUCUUGACAAAUGGGCUAACUUCAGAGGCCCUCGACCAGAUGAGGACAAGUCCAUGGUUACUUUUGAAAAGAUGAAGGCGGAAGCAGAUAAAGUUAUCAAAGAAAAGAACGAUAAAUUAAAAGAGAGUGAUGACUGGAAAAAGUCACAAGAGAUGCAGGGAAAAUGGAUUGAUACAAUCAAACGGCAGCAGGAGGCUGUCAUGAAGAAAAAGUGAACCAGUUUCGGCUGUUUAAUUGUGAUAUGUGUGGAAUUUAUUUCAUGAAAACAACUACAAAGUACCGGUACUUGUCUUGAUAUCUGAAUGUGUUUUAAACUUGUGAAUUAUUUCAUGUGUAUAAAUAUUCUUUACAUUA